CUUCUGCUUACGUACACCCGGGGUUCCGAGGAUCUGGCGUGAGUGACAGAGCUCGCCUCUGGAGGAAACGGAGCGACUCCAAACUGCAAGGCCCGCGGCAGUCAGUAUAAAGCGACUUUUAGCAUGAAAUAGGCUGUUUGGCACGUGCCCCGCCCCCUCCAAAUUCAUUUUCCCCAUCUGUUCUGAAAUUCUGUUGCUUAAAUAAUAGACAGGAAUUGUUUGAACAAUGAGUUCGUACACAAUUUCACUCGCUGGACCUUCGCCUUGGGGCUUCCGGUUGCAAGGAGGCAAGGACUUCAACAUGCCCCUCACCGUUUCCAAGAUUACACCCGGGAGCAAGGCAGCCUCCAGCAACUUGAUUCAGGGUGACAUCAUCGUGGCCAUUGAUGGGGUCAGCACAGAGGGGAUGACACACCUGGAGGCCCAAAACAAGAUCAAGUCUGCCAACUUCAAUCUGGCACUCACCAUGCAAAGGUCAAAGCGACCCACUCCAGUUCCCAUGACCACACCAAGGAUUGACUCCCCUAUGUCUGUGAUCCCCCAUCAGAAGCCUUUGCAAAUGAAUGGGGCCCUCUCAACGUCUGCUGAGACAAACUCUUGCUACUCAAGCAAGCAUACCAACCAGUGCUAUAGCACCACGAUGAGCAGUGUCAGAGACACUUCUGUUCCUGCUCAAAGCCAUUUAGCUGCUCCGAGGGACAAAUCCAGCUCCGGGCAAAAAAGCCAGCAGUAUAACUCCCCCAUCGGUCUGUACUCUGCAGAGACAUUGCAAGAGAUGGUCAUGCUGCAAGAGAGGGUUAAGAGCACGGGGUCAGGCAUGCCUAGUGGCUUCAACUUGCAGACCUCUAUGGGUUACAGUUCCCAGUACAAAUCCUCCAUCUCCAGUUCUUACACCCAGCCUCCACCUAUGCAGCAGCCUCCACCACCCAUGCAGCACAGCUCCAUCCAGAUCCCUCUAGGUCCACCUCCAGCUAAAGUGGUCAGCAGUGCCACCAUUGUGCCUGCAGCAUACCCAGCUGCCCCAGCUCCUCCGAUGGUUCACAAACCUGCUCCUCCUCCACCUGCUCCUGCUCCAGCGUCUUCUUCCAACAGGCCUCCUUGGGUUACUGAUGAGAACUUUGCCCAGAAAUUUGACCCUGACAAACCCACCACCACCACAAAUAUCAGAGUGAACCCUCUUCCCCAGGCAGCCCCACCACCACCAGCCUACAUCCCCAACCCUGUCCCUGUCCCUGCUCCGGCUCCUGCUGCACCCAGCCCUGCAUUCAACCCCGCCCCCUUCCCACCUGUGGCUCGUGGAGUUGCUCAAAGGGCAGAGCGUUUCGCAGCCAGCAACAGAACACCUCUGUGUGGAGCCUGCAACAACAUCAUCAGGGGACCAUUCCUGGUGGCAUUGGGUCGUUCCUGGCAUCCAGAAGAGUUCAAUUGCCAUUAUUGCCACACAUCCCUGGCUGAUGCCAGCUUUGUGGAGGAGCAGAAUAAUGUUUACUGUGAAAACUGCUAUGGCGAAUUCUUUGCACCUACCUGUGCUCGCUGCAACACCAAGAUCAUGGGAGAAGUGAUGCAUGCACUGCGCCAGACCUGGCACACCACUUGCUUUGUGUGUGCAGCUUGUGGAAAGCCUUUUGGAAACAGCCUCUUUCAUAUGGAGGAUGGUGAGCCGUAUUGUGAGAAAGAUUAUAUUGCACUCUUCAGCACAAAGUGCCAUGGCUGUGACUUCCCAGUUGAGGCAGGAGACAAAUUUAUUGAAGCUCUUGGCUACACAUGGCAUGAUACCUGCUUUGUUUGUACGGUGUGCCACGUGAACCUGGAAGGACAGCCUUUCUAUUCCAAGAAAGACAAGCCCUUAUGCAAGAAGCAUGCACAUGCCAUCAAUGUGUAAAUGCGUCAACAUUGCAUCAAAAGCUGUCAGUGAAGGAACUAAAUGCAAUUGUUACAUAUGCAUGUGUGGUUUUAUGGCAAGACAUCAGUGCCAAUCCAAAUGACACAAAAAAUAAUAUAAAAGAUAUACAGUUUAGUUUAUUAAACCGCAUAUUAGUAAGCAAGUGACUGAAUGAUACAUAAACUAGGCUAAUUGACAUUUUAAUCCAAAUCCAAUGUGCACGUUUAAUUCAAGUUAAUUCUUUGUUUUUAUAAUAACCCUAAUACAUUUAAAUACAUGCACUUGUUUGUCUGAUAUAAAUUAAUUUAAGAGAUAUAACAUUUUCACUUUUUGGAUGGGAUUGAUGAAUUUAUGCAACAUACAAUUUUGUGAUGUUAGUGAAUAAAACCUUAAUUUUAAAGAUUAAUAUUAUACAUGAAUGUUGAAGAUUGCCUGCAGAUGUAGUUGCUUUUGACAUAGUGUGUCAUGUCUUGAAUCAUUCAUAAACCAGAAACAGCCUGAAAAACUCUAUGCAUGUUUUUAUGCCUUAAACUGUAAAGUCAAUUUAAAUGUUUUUAUUCCA